UUGGGAGACCCUAAAAUAAGGUAGGAGGUUAUUUUGGGACAAACAAGUCGGUCCACUCUCUCUCCGCUUCAAAUGCAAGUGAGAUACACACACUCUUCAGAGCCAGAGCAGUAGGGUUUAAUGACUGAAAUCCUGAUAUCCAAGAUGGAACACUUCUAAUUAGUUCCCUCAAUUUUCGUUAUAUCACCUACUCACUCUCAAUUCAAAUCCCCCACCACGCCCAUUUCAAAACCUUGUUUUGAUCUGAUCCGAUCCGAUCUAUCAAUUCAAUGGUGAGCACGAAGAUGGACAAAUCGCCGGCGGAUCUGCUGGCUUCACCUGGCCUUGCCUCGCUGCUCAAAUCCCUUAAGUUGAAGACCAAGCAGCAGGAGCUCUUGAUCCGUGUCUCCAUCCUCUGUUUGGUUUACGUUUUGGCCUUCAUUACCCGUCUCUUCAGUGUCUUGCGUUACGAGAGCAUGAUCCACGAGUUUGACCCCUACUUCAAUUACCGAGUUACUCAGUAUUUGACUCAGAAGGGGUUUUACGAAUUUUGGAACUGGUUUGACUCCGAGAGCUGGUAUCCACUCGGUAGGAUUAUUGGUGGGACUCUCUAUCCUGGCCUCAUGGUCACCGCUGCCCUCAUCUAUUGGAUUCUUCGUUUCCUCAGGUUUGCCGUACACAUUCGUGAAGUUUGUGUGCUCACUGCACCAUUUUUUGCUUCCAACACCACUCUGGCGGCUGCAUUAAUUGCUAUUUGCCCUGGUUAUAUCUCAAGGUCGGUGGCGGGCUCAUAUGAUAACGAGGGUGUUGCUAUUUUCGCUUUGCUGCUUACUUUCUAUUUAUUUGUUAAGGCUGUCAAUACGGGCUCACUUGCUUGGGCUCUGGCCUCAGCUUUUGGAUACUUUUAUAUGGUUUCAGCAUGGGGUGGUUAUGUCUUCAUUAUUAAUCUGAUCCCUCUGUACGUGCUGGUUCUGUUGAUUACUGGAAGAUAUUCGAUGAGGUUAUAUGUAGCUUAUAACUCCAUGUAUGUGCUGGGAAUGUUACUUGCAAUGCAGAUUCGUUUUGUGGGCUUUCAGCAUGUCCAGUCUGGAGAACACAUGGCGGCAAUGGGAGUGUUUUUCUUGAUGCAGGUGUUUUACUUCUUAGACUGGGUGAAAUACCUGCUAAAUGAUCCAAAGAAAUUCCACACCUUCCUGAGGAUCACAGUGACCAGUGCAGUAGGUUUGGGUGUGAUAGCUCUGGGAGUUGGCACUGCCUCUGGAUAUAUUUCUCCAUGGACUGGUCGAUUUUAUUCUCUCCUGGAUCCAACUUAUGCCAAGGAUCACAUUCCAAUAAUUGCUUCGGUCUCUGAGCACCAGCCUACAGCAUGGUCAUCAUUCAUGUUUGAUUUUCAUAUAUUAUUGCUUCUUUUCCCAGCUGGUCUAUAUUUCUGCUUCAAACGUUUAUCAGACGCCACUAUAUUCAUAGUGAUGUAUGGUCUCACUAGUAUGUACUUCGCUGGAGUCAUGGUGCGGCUAAUACUCGUUGCGACACCUGCAGUAUGCCUUAUUAGUGCAAUCGCAGUCUCAGCCACCAUAAAGAAUCUAACUCAGCUUGUGAGGGCAAAGGGCAAACCUAAUCCUGUUGGCCCUGGUAAAGGAACAAGUGGCACCAAAGCUUCCUCUAAGGGUUCCCCAGAUCAGUCUAUGCCUUUCCAAAGAAAUGGUGCUAUCGCAUUGCUUCUUGGAGUGUUUUACUUGCUUACCAGAUAUGCUGUCCAUUGUACUUGGGUUACAUCAGAGGCAUACUCAUCUCCAUCAAUUGUCUUAGCUGCUAGGGGUGCCCAUGGGAACAGGGUGAUUUUUGAUGACUACCGUGAAGCAUAUUUUUGGCUGCGACAGAACACUCCUCCAGAUGCCAAGGUAAUGUCUUGGUGGGAUUAUGGUUAUCAGAUCACCGCCAUGGGGAACAGAACAGUUAUUGUUGACAACAACACUUGGAAUAACACACACAUCGCUACCGUUGGACGUGCUAUGUCAUCCUAUGAGGACGAAGCAUAUGAGAUUAUGAGAUCACUGGAUGUUGAUUAUGUAUUGGUUGUUUUUGGAGGUGUUACUGGUUAUUCUUCUGAUGAUAUUAACAAAUUCUUGUGGAUGGUAAGAAUUGGAGGUGGAGUUUUUCCUGUAAUUAAGGAACCAGAUUACCUUGUUAAUGGAGAGUAUCGUGUUGACAAAGGCGCAGCUCCAAAAAUGUUGAACUGUCUAAUGUACAAGCUAUCUUAUUAUCGAUUUGGUGAGCUGACUACAGAAUAUGGAAAGCCUCCCGGAUACGACAGAGCACGGGGAGUUGAAAUUGGAAAUAAAGAUAUAAAGCUAGAACACUUGGAAGAGGCCUUCACAACGUCGAACUGGAUAAUCAGAAUAUACAAGGUCAAACCCCCAAAUAAUAGGUGGUGAUCAACUCACACUCUAGCUCUUGCGGGACUACACAUGUUACAGUAGUGCUGAGUUUAUGGCUUAGGUUAAAUAGACCGUUGUAGGGUUCCAUUUUGGAACUGUUGAGGUUCCAAAUUUUCUGGGUUUUAUAUUUCUUUAAGGUUUUAUUUUGCCCUUUCACCUCAUUACUGUAACUGGAAGGUACUUACUAACUAGUCGCCAAAGCAACAAUCCUUGGAUGUCAAAGUGCAACAUCAAUGCUAUUUGUAGGCUUGUUGAGUGCGCAUGGAAUAUGAAGCAGUUGACAUGAGUUCCUAUUGCUCUUUGUUUCAUAUUUUCCCCCCAGAUAUGGGAUUAUGUGCUGCUUGCUCUACUGGGAAUCUAAUACACCAUUGGGAUUAUCUAUAUA